AUGUCGCAAGACGAGGGCUACACAAACGCCAGCACCCAGCCAGUCCUCCACACCCGGAAGCUGUGUUCGUGCAACGCGCUGCUGGCGCAGAGUACAACGGAUUCCGUCACCGCGGACGCGUCGGUCCCGGACACGUCGCUCUUCGGGGUCAUUUUGUUGAACAGCCCAGCGAAUACAGAGGAGGACUUCGCCUCUUAUAUUCGCAUCUUUGAGCGCCACCGCGGCCGCGUCGCUCUGGCGUCCUGCGCAGGAACGGAAAAAGACAAGGGGACAACCCCCGUGAGCAGAAAAGCCAAAGAGCGCAACCCCUACUUCAUCUGUGCGGACGGCGCGUACGCCGCGUUGGGGGAGUACUGCGCAAAGCACUACUCCAGUGUUGCGGCCAGCAGCAGUGGCAGCAAAACCGAGGAGCAGAGCACCUUCACACCAUUGCGCCUGUGCGAUGCCCUCAUCGGCGACAUGGACAGCUUCCCCACCACGCAGCUUAUGCGCGUCGCCGAGGCUGAUAGCGCGGAAGUCGUGCUCGCGACUGCGGAUGGUAGCGAGCCGCCACACGGUGGUGACGAUGACCAGGGUAACGAUCGUGGUGAAAGGCACCCCCUUUUCCAUGAGAAUGUGAACUCGAUUCCGGUGAAGCUGCUGGAGGCAAUCCGGCGCCGGCGUGAUGCGUACAGUCACCGCGAGGCAUUCUCAUCGUCAAGAACGCCAGUCGAGCCGCUCACCGUGCUGCCCGUCGCGUGCCAGAUGACGACGGACUUUGAGAAGUGUGUAAUGCUACUGCAGCGUCUGUGGGCACUUGACCUUGGGAUGCCGGGUGCGCGGACCAGGGAAGAUUCCCGCCAGGGCUUCAAUCAGGAGGUUCCUCUCGCAGAGCAGUCGCACGAGGCCACCUCCCUUGCAGUCGAGUACGUGGCUCGUCUCCCCGAGACCUCGUCCACCGCCGACGUGCAGGCAGGGGGGGAUCAGCAGGAGGCUCGCCGCUGCCGACAGCUGGUCGAGUCGGUAACCCCAUCUUCGUCAGGUACCACCGAGCAGGCUACUCACCGCCUGGAGACGCGCGUGCUGCCUAACGUCGCCGUCUUGGGCGCACUUGGCGGUCGCAUUGACCACGAGAUCGGAAUCAUUUCCUGCCUCCUGCGUUACGCGCGAGUCUUUCACAUCAUGGCGAUCAACAAGUACAACGUGCUCUUUGCCUGCUGGCCAGACGGGGUGACGCAGUUCGUCCUCCCACCGUCAUGGUCACCCCCACGCCCGGCGCCAGGGGCGACGGCAGCGCCGUACAUGUGCGGCGUCGUCCCCUUUGGACCCUUGCGCGAGCUGGAGACGGCCGGGCUCCUGUGGAACGUAGUGAAAGGUCGCCCUGAAGUGUACGACGGCUACACGCAGACAAACGGCUACCGCCUCGCUUUCGACGGACUUGUCUCAAUCUGCAACACUGUGACAUCCCCGGUCGUGACGAUCGAUGUGCGGCCGCUGCACUGCGCGCUGGGGAAGUGCUCGUCGAGCUCAGCAGCUCUCACGAAGUGCAACUGCGACCCGAAUGCACCCUCAGUAAACCCGCCUACUCUGUUCACGCUGGGGUUGCCCAGCGUAUGCCCUGAAUCUCACGCAGAUGUGCCAGCGUCCAAGUAA